AUGGUCAGGCGUAGAAGUGUCCCAGGCUUCGGCGACUGCCUAUCAUCGGCGCAUGGCGUGUCGUGGCCGAAUCGACAGGCAAACCGGCUGAUUCUCGCGGACACGGCGCGGCGCAUCAAGAAGGCCAGAGGGGAUCACGCUCACGGCGCCGUUGUCAUGAGCGACUGCAUUCCGGCGGCGAAGCUUGGGUCAAAUGCGAUGUCUAUGCCCCUCCUCUCAAUACCCGGUGGCAUUAGCCGGGCCGUCGUGACCGGACAAGGCAUGGGCGAGACGGCAUCGUCUUACACCCGGUCGGAAACGGAUAGUCGACGAGCCGUCGGCAGGCGUGGAGGGAUACAUCAAGGCGGUGGUGAACGCAGGGCCGCCUUCUUCGUCUUCAGACGAAGAACAAGUGCGGGCAAAAUUGGAGUUGCGGCCAGGAAGUCGGGUUGGGAUGGGAUGGGAUGCGUCGAGACGAUGUGCCUGAACCUGACCUGUUCCUGGCGCAUUCUUGCGCUCGACUCCCAGGGCAGCAGGGUGGCCAGCAAGGACGAAGACUUGCGGAUGCCUUUUACUAUCUUUGGUGCGGAAACGGGCAAGGAUCCGGAUAAGGAGGAUUCAUAG